UCUUUAAACUGAUUUAAAACUCAUUUCGGGAUGGACGCCGAUAAAAAUGCGGUUCCUAGCGCCGGCGCUGCCACGGACAGUAAAGACGACGCGGGUUCUUUCACAAAGGUAAAGUCCAAAAAGACUCAGAAGCGAAAGCGUGAACAAGGUGGAGUGGACAUGGACACAGACGAGCCCGUGGCGAGCAAGCGGCCGCAGUUUCCACCGAUUUCAGCCGACAAACUGAAGGGGCCAGAUGAGAUGCGCAAAAUCGCUGUCCCAGCUCACAGGUACACCCCACUGAAGGAAAACUGGCUCAAGAUUUUCACCCCCAUUGUAGAGAACCUACAGCUUCAAGUCAGAUUCAACCUCAAAACUAGGAAUGUUGAAAUCAAAACGUGCAAAGAAACACAGGACAUCGGCUCGCUCACAAAAGCAUCAGAUUUUGUUAAAGCGUUCGUGCUAGGAUUCCAGGUUGAAGACGCCCUAGCUCUCAUCAGAUUAGAUGAGCUUUUCCUAGAAAGCUUUGAUGUCACAGAUGUGAAACCCCUGAAGGGAGAUCACUUAUCCAGAGCCAUCGGAAGAAUAGCAGGGAAGGGAGGAAAAACCAAAUUCACCAUUGAAAAUGUCACAAAGACUCGCAUUGUGCUUGCAGACACAAAAGUUCACAUAUUGGGAUCUUUCCAGAAUAUCAAGAUGGCCCGGACAGCAAUUUGUAACUUAAUCUUGGGAAGUCCACCUUCAAAGGUCUAUGGCAACAUCAGAGUGGUGGCUAGCAGGGCUGCUGAGAGAUUCUAAAAUCUGAUUGGCUGCCGUGCGUAUUUAUCUCUUCCCGCUGGGAUCCGUGAUGUUAAGACUGUUGAAUGCCUUAUGGACCGACGUCUCAGGUUCCUCUGUAAAGGCCUCGUGUUUCCGUUGGCUCCAAAUAUGAGGAAAAAGUUACGAUACUUGCAUAAACAGGAUGCAGGUAUCGGAAAGCAUGCGUUUGUGUAAAUAAACAAAAACAUAAAUCCACUAAA